UGCUGGGACAAUCACACCCUUUCCGAUAAGCAAAUUAUUAUUCCAUGGAUUAGGCUGAAUGGAAUUGAAGUAAAAACGUCUAGAAAAUAAAGAUUGGAAGUUGCGAAGUUCACAAGAUCAUACUGGACAAUGGCAAGUAAUUGGUCGGUUUGUGGUAUCUGUGAUUUUCGACAUGUCACCAAACCAUCGGUGGUUUGGUGUUCUGAUUGCGAUGAGGGUCUUUGUGAUGACUGUAAAGAACACCACAACAUUUCCAAAUCAUCACGUGAUCAUGACAUCGUACCCAUUGGUGAAUAUCAAAACUUGCCAACAGAAGUUCUCCAAGUUGCACAGUCUUGCAGAAAACAUAACCAAAAGUACCAAAUAUUCUGUAAAAAACAUGACUGUCCAUGCUGUAAGAAAUGUAUUAUCGAAGAACACAACGAAUGUAAAGAUUUUGUUGAUAUUGAUGACGUCAUCAAAAACGUAAAAUCAUCCAAUGCUUUCCACGAAAUCGAGAUAACCCUUUUAGGUAUGGCUGAGUAUAUUGAAAGAGUCAAGAAAGAUCGUCAAGAAAAUUUACUUUAUAUAAAAGAACAGAAAGAACAAAUUGAAAACGAAAUUCAACAGGCUAGGGAGGCAAUUAACAGUCACCUAGACGCAAUCCAGAAGAAGUUAAUAGAAGAUCUAAAGUUGACUAUUGAUAAAGAAAACAAAACUAUCCAACAAUUCCUGAAAUCAGAUGAGCAAAAUGAGAAAGAAGUCAAAAAAUUUCAAUCCAGUCAUUUGAAAAUAAAGCAGCAUGCUUCUGAACUGCAGACGUUUCUUACUAUGAAACAAAUGGAGCGUGACAUUGCAACAAAGGAAAAGUUCAUACAAUCGAUUAACAAAAGAGGAAGUCUGGGCUAUUCUCGUUUCUUUUGUAAGAUCGACACAACUUUGGAGAAAUUUGCGAGCAAUGUUAAAAGAUUUGGAGAAGUUGUUAUAGAGACGAAACCCAGUGAUGUUCCCUAUGUAAGGCAGAAGGAUAAACAAGCCCAGUUGAUGAUUCCUGUACCAGCCAAGUCCAUAGAUGACUUAAUAUUAACGUUGGUUCAGACCGUUAAUACGCAUAGUAAAAAAGUUAGCGGUUGUACAAUGCUUCCUGACAGUAGAAUGGUGUUUACCUGUUACCAUCCAGGUUAUGUAACUGUAGUCAACUAUGAUGGAUCAAAAGACUUUGAAAUAAAAUCAGGAAAUGCUUUUGAUGUUGUAUAUCUAGACGAUGAUAUUAUAGCUGUAACCUCUGGUGUAUACUCACAUAAUAUUAAAAUAACAGAUAUGAAAUUGAAAAAAGUCACGAAAAGAAUGCAUGUUGGCUCCAGUAAUGAUGGUCUGGCACUAAAGGAUAAAUACUUGAUAUAUUGUGGCAGAGGGAAAGGGUUGAAGAAAAUCAGUUUGAGUGAUGAUUCCGUUAGUACAAUAAUAACUUCAAAACUUAGUGAAAGGUCAUACGUAACAACAUUCAAUGACAGUAUAAUAUUUACAGACCCAGCCACAAACACCGUCACAUGCGCUAGUAUGCAGGAACACGUUAACUGGAAAUUUAAGGAUGAAAUCAUACUGAAGUAUCCACUUGGUAUAUCUGUAGACAAUGACGGUAAUGUGUAUGUGAUAGGACGUGAUUCAUGCAAUGUGGUAGUUAUCUCCCCUGAUGGACAACGGCAUAGACAAAUAGUAUCUGCAAUGGAAGGUCUCCAUGAGCCGUCUGUAUUACAUUAUGACCUGGUAACUAACAAGUUGUUGAUUUCAAACUCGAUGAAUAAGGCAUUUUUGUUUAGUGUGACAUCAUAAACUAAAUACAAUAUUGAAUUGUUGGUGUCAUUGGGACCGCUUAUUUCUUAUGUUUGGAAAAUAAGAUUUAAAACACAUUUUCUGGAUAUUUUGUAAUUGUUAUCAUAAUAAUAAAAAAGUCAAGACUUUCUUAGUAGAUAA